GAGGAAGGACAAACCCUUAUUGGAAAAUACAGACAGGGAGGGAAGAGGCAUAGUAAACAAGGCGGAUAACUGAAAAAUACCUCAAAUAAUAUAGCCAACACGUGCGCGCAAAACGGAUUAUUUAGCGAGUAUUCAUUAUAGGCACGCUAUUCGUUCUGUAUGUAACGUUACUGUGUUGUCAGAUAGCGCUAGCUAGGCAACUUGUAACUAACGUUAGCUAGCUGGCUAGCAGGUUCCCUUUCCCAGUAGUAGCAGUGCUAUCACAACGCUCCCAAAAUGAUCGCGUUGAUCAACAAGCUCCUUGACUGGUUUAAAGCACUAUUUUGGAAGGAGGAGAUGGAGUUGACUUUGGUGGGACUACAGUAUUCGGGAAAGACAACCUUCGUAAACGUGAUUGCGUCAGGCCAGUUCAGUGAAGACAUGAUUCCAACAGUGGGCUUCAACAUGAGGAAAAUCACCAAGGGAAACGUCACCAUUAAGCUGUGGGAUAUCGGCGGUCAGCCUCGAUUCAGGAGUAUGUGGGAGCGAUACUGCCGAGGAGUCAGUGCCAUUGUGUACAUGGUUGAUGCAGCAGACCCAGAGAAAAUUGAGGCCUCUAAGAAUGAACUACACAACUUGUUGGACAAGCCCCAGCUCCAGGGUAUUCCUGUUCUUGUCUUGGGGAACAAGAGAGAUCUUCCUGGGUCACUUGAUGAGAAAGAGCUGAUUGAGAGGAUGAACCUCUCAGCCAUCCAGGACAGAGAGAUCUGCUGUUACUCUAUCUCUUGCAAGGAAAAGGACAACAUUGAUAUAACACUACAGUGGCUGAUCCAGCACUCCAGAACCAAGCGGAGCACUUCAUGAGAACCUCAUCUUACGGUCACAGCCCUGAGACAGCCCCACAGGCCUGCACAGGUCCCUUACACCCUGUCCUCUAUCCUCCCAAGCUUAUCCAUUCUCCCCCUAUUUUCUUUGGAUGGCCCUCCCUUGCCAAGACUCCUUGCCUGAUUCCACUCUCCUGAAGAGAGCCUGGAAACUUUUUACUUGCACUGUUCAUUUUCUUUUUUGUAAUAUAAUCAUUAUUGUAGUGACAUAUAACCUCUGAUGGAUAAAGUGGUACUUAGCUGCCCUG